UCGGUCCUAGGAUGAGAGGGCCAUUUCCUUCCGGGCGGGGGUCAAAUCCUCGGGAAGCCGAGCCAUCCCGUCCAGCUACCUGUCCCAAACGGGGCGCAUGCCAUGUCACCUCUCUAGGAGGCUCCGGAGAACCGGCCGCGCUGUCCCUUUCGGGUGCAGAAAGCCGGCUUCCCCCGGCCCGCUGGGAAGAUUCCCUGCUACACAUCCGGCCGGGGCAUCUGAGGGCAGGAGCCAAGCCAGCCGUGCCCGAUAGACCAGUGGAGAGCACUCUCGCCUGACUGCCUGUCCUCCUCACCGGACCGAGACUCGGCACCGCACACUCCCCCGACGCGGGGUCGGGGAAGGGGGGGAGCGGCGCAGUCACGCGCGCAUCACACUUGCGCUCACAAGCGCGCAAGGCUCUCGCUCUCCGCCCGGCACACCUGCGCUCCGCCCCCUGGUCCCGGGCCGGCGACGGUCGAAGGCUUUUGGGAACCCAGGGCGGCGGCGGCGGCGUCCCCCUUCUCCUUCCCUUCCCAGGGCUGGAGUUGUCCGGAGCCUCUCCCCGGUCCCAACCAGCCCGCAUCCCUCUCCAUCCUUCCCUCCCCCCGCCUGCCGCGGCACGGGUAUCUGCGGCCGCAGCCCGGAGCCCUUGAGGCGGCGAAGGGGGGAGGGGAAGAAAGCAAGGGAUGAGCGCCGUGAGGGCGUCGGGGGCCCUGAGCCGGACUAGGACGCCCCUGGAACCGGAACCCGAGCCGGAGCCGGAGCCAGAGCCAAACCACCGGUACCGCUGCAGCCCCCUAACCCCAGGAGGCGCCCUGGCCCGCGCUCGCCCCCCAGGGCCUCAUGUCGGAACCACAGCCUGACCUGGAGCCGCCCCAACAUGGGCUGUACAUGCUCUUCCUGCUUGUGCUGGUCUUCUUCCUCAUGGGCCUGGUAGGCUUCAUGAUCUGCCACGUGCUCAAGAAGAAAGGCUACCGCUGCCGCACCUCGAGGGGCUCGGAGCCUGACGACACCCAGCUCCAGCCCCCUGAGGAUGAUGACAUGAAUGAGGACACAGUAGAGAGGAUUGUUCAAUGCAUCAUCCAAAAUGAAGCCAAUGCUGAGGCCUUGAAGGAGAUGCUGGGGGACAGUGAAGGAGAAGGGACAAUGCAACUGUCCAGUGUGGAUGCCACCUCCAGCUUGCAGGACGGAGUCCCCUCCCAUCAUCACACAGUGCACCUGGGCUCCGCAGCCCCUUGCAUCCACUGCAGCCGGAACAAGAGACCCCCACUUGUCCGUCAGGGACGCUCCAAGGAAGGAAAGGGUCGCCCCCGGCCUGGGGAGACCACUGUGUUCUCUGUGGGCAGGUUCCGGGUGACACACAUUGAGAAGCGCUAUGGGCUGCAUGAGCAUCGUGAUGGCUCCCCCACGGACAGGAGCUGGGGAUCUGGUGGGGGGCAGGACCCAGGGGGUGGCCAGGGGUCUGGGGGAGGGCAGCCCAGGACAGGGAUGCCUGCCAUUGAGAGCCUUCCCCCUGAGAGGCCGCAGCCCCAGGCCCUUGCCAGCCCCCCAGUGCGGAAUGGAGGACUCAGGGACAGCAGCCUAGUCCCUCGUGCACUUGAGAGGAGCCCUGGAGCCUCUGCAGAGUCGAUGCUGGGGGCUGGAGGGAGGGGCCCAAGCCCAGGGCUGGCCAGUCAACAGGCAAAUGGACAGCCAAGCAAACCGGACACCUCAGAUCACCAGGUAUGAAGACGUGGUGGGCUGCGGUGGGCUCAGCUCUUAUUGCCCCUACUCUAGGGGGCACUGAUAUGACCCACCUCCUGUUCUCCCACUGUUGACCCCUCC